UUUAGGUGUUUCACUUGCAUUAAUGCUUAAUGGAGUUAUCACAAAUGUUAUUAAAUUAAUUGUUGGAAGGCCUCGUCCAGAUUAUUUUUGGAGAUGUUUUCCAGAUGGACAAAUAAAGCCAAACCUUGAAUGUACAGGCAAAAAAGAAGAUAUAAUAGAAGGUCUUAAAAGUUUUCCAAGUGGACAUUCCUCUUUUUCAUUUGCAAGUAUGGGUUAUGUUUCGCUGUAUCUAUUUGGAAAGCUUCAAGUGUUUACUACUAAGGGAAGAGGACAAUCUUGGAGAUUAUUAAUAUCCAUUAGUCCUUUGUUGUUUGCACUUAUUAUUGCUUUGAGCAGAAUGUGUGAUUACCAUCAUCACUGGCAAGAUGUUUUAACCGGGUCGUCUCUGGGUUUCUUUUUUGCUUGGUUGUGUUACCGUCAAUACUAUCCAGCACUAAAUCAUCCGAAUUGUGCCAUGCCAUAUUCAGCAUCAUCGAAUCACACGACUAAUGGAAACAAUCCAGAAAAAAUGGACGAAAAUUUAGAAGAAAUCAAAUGGAUAUGAAAAUUAGCUUUAGGAUUUUUAGAUAAAGAGAAUUUAUAUACAGAAUUUAAUCUCUCAGUUUUAUGAGAGAAUAAAUAAACCUAUUUUUAGGUAAAUAAUAUUUUCCUGGUGAUCUUAACAUUUUAUUAGAUAUUUCAAUAUAUAUAUAUGUGUGUGUGUGUGUGUGUGUGUAUA